AUGAUGCGUAAGCUUGAUGCUAACGGCCAGGAGAUCCCGAACGAAUUUGAAGGAUUCUGCAUCGAUUUGAUAGAACUCAUUGCGAAAAUCUGCAAUUUCACCUAUCACAUUCAGGAGGUUAAGGACAAAAAUUACGGAGCAUAUGUAAAUCGGUCUUGGAGCGGGAUGAUUGGCGAGCUUGUCCGACAGGAGGCUGACAUUGCAGUUGCACCCCUUACCAUUACUUCGAGUCGUGAGCGCGUUGUUGAUUUUUCCACACCCUUCAUGGAGUUCGGCCUAAGCGUGAUGUUCCAAAAGAGCGAGCGCCCAACACCGGCCAUCUUCGAAUUCACCACCCCACUCUCAUAUGAGAUUUGGAUGUGCAUCAUGUUGGCCUACCUUGGCGUCUCUGUGGUUCUCUUUCUGGUCAGUCGAUUCUCGCCCCAAGAAUGGGGCAUGGCAGAGUUGAGUCGAUCUGGCUCCUGUGUUGGGGCAUACUCGUGCCAGGACUCGAGCCUCGGACCUGCUGUGCGGCCGGCUCAGCGGCAGACCGUCCAGGCGGCUUCAAUCGGGCAAGAGCGGAUGCACAGUCAUACCGCGUUGCCUUCAGAGGGGUGUCCAGCCACCCUCGACGGCAUGGGAGUUUCUGUAUCGGCGUCGGCCACUGGGUUUCCGAGUGGCUGGCAUCCGCCUCAGCCGACUGGGCCGAACGACAGGAAGUAUGAAGGAGAGGCUCACGCGUCUAAACUCUGUCAUGUUGGCAGCCUGGACGACGGUGCGACCACAAACGAGGACGAUCUAAGCUCCGCGGAGGAUAGCCAAGACAUGGGAAACGUCUCGUUGAUUGGUCUAUCUGCGUCUGGCGGUGACUCUCUUCAGGGUCCAGCCUCGACUCGUCCGUCUCCGGCUCUACCAAUUCCAGGCCGUUUAAUGACUCUCACCUUUUGUCUCUUGCACGUAGGCGAGGAGGACACGGCUUCAGUCGACUGCCUGGACGGCCAACUCGAUUUGGCCGAGCUGUUGAGGCCCAACCAUUGUGCUGCCAUGACGACGGUUGCCGAGGGUCUGCAGCCGGCGCAGCGACUCGUCACCCUGGCUGCACCAAAGGACCGUUGCUGUCAAGACAGUACGCAGUCGACGAGGCCAGCGGCAAAAGAGGCAGCUGGUGGUGGUGGAGACGGCGCGAUAAGAUGCGGAUCGGCCGGUCUGGCGGAGACAACGAAGUCUGCAGGCCGGUUGGACAAUGAGUUCUCCAUCUUCAACAGCUUCUGGUUUGCGCUCAGUGCCUUUAUGCAACAGGGCGGCGAUAUUGUGCCUCGGUAA